UAUUGCGCAGCUGGCUUACCUUCAAGUCUAGCUAAGCUACGGUCUGAUCUCAACUGGAACUGGACAAAGUCAGAAAGUGAUUGAAAUGAUAUUAUAUAUUGUAACAAGUUAAGUUUUACGAGAGGUAUCUGCAAUCUCCUUCUGAGAUUCAGUGAUCAAAAUGGAAUAUGUCGACGAUCAGACUAAGGAGAAUAUGCAAUCUGCAACAUUAUCGCAUCAAAUAUCAACAUUUAACAUUGUUAUGACUGCGAUUUCGGCAUUUAUGCGUUUUUUAACAAUAAUAAUGAACUGCUGUCUGGCAUAUGAGUAUUGGAGAAGCGCAUCGUACACCUAUUGCCACUGGACAAUUAUGUCCAUAUUAAUACCCAUGAUCCUAACGACCAUAAUCUAUGCAAAUGUACUUAUCGUAGGCCACCCAAGUAAAAAACCCGUUGACAAUACACGCCUAUUUUGGAGACUUGUGGUUUCAUUCCUAUUUCGUGAUGCAUCGACCCUCAACUGGGCAUUAAAAUAUACCGAGGCUAAAAGGCGGGGCGAUAAGAUCGCCGAGAUUGAAUGUUAUCGCAGGCAUUUGAUGGAGGAAUGUAACAUUGGCUUCCUUCGGCUUUUCGAUUCAUUUUUAGAAACAGCACCGCAAAAAGUAUUACAGCUUGCCAUAGUUUUGCAAAACACAAAAAGCUUAACGUAUGUGCGCACCUUCACCUUUUUGGUCUAUUUCCUAAGUCUGGCCUGGUGUUUGGUUGCUUAUAACCGAUCGAAUCGUUUGGUCCAGCUCGACAAAUACGAUAUAGGCGCAAAAGGACUUUUUGUACAAUUCUGGUUUCUCCUCUGCCUGACGGCUUCGCGCACAAUAUGCAUUGCUUAUCUGGCCAGUAUAUUUCCCAUGGAAACAUUCGCAGUCUGUAUUCUUCAUAUGGUACUUUGUGGCACUAUACUCUUUAUAGCGGACACGCCGAAGUUUGGAAAAUCUCCACUUAUGAACUACAUUUUGUGUCUGUCAUUUGGCGCUGUUUAUAUAUUCAUAUUCACGCCUGUCUCCGAUGGACCAACAAAGUAUAAGUAUAUAAUUUAUUUAUUGCUAUGCGUUUUACAAAAUAUCUUGGCUUGUAUAUUUUGGAUUCCAUUCUAUUUGGCCAUUUUGAUCAACGCUUUGUAUAUGCUUGGCAUAGUUCUAGUGAUUUAUUAUUAUCUUAAAUGCCAUCCAGGUAUUUCGUCUGCCAUAUUUUAAGAACAAACGUUACAUGUAGUGUGCAAUAAA